UGAAGGUAAAAACAGCACUUUCGAUCUCGUUUGACCCUUUGGCCGGUCAGCCUUUUCUCAGUUCAAGUUUCCAAAGUCAAUGUGUUAUUACUCCCUGUCUAAAUAAUGGGAGGGUCAGGGAGCACUACCAGAAGGGUCGUCGUUGAAGAUGCCGGUGACGAUGUUGUGAAGAUCUCAGAAGCAGUUGUGAGGAGACUAAAAGGAAUCCCAGAUAGAGACAAUGCAGGUUCAGACGUUCCUCCUCCAAUUCCAAGUCCUACAUCAAGACCUGACCAAAGACUCUACUCACAGGAAAUCAAUCAAGAAGUGGAAGAUUUUUAUGUACAAAAACUGAAAGAACUUCAAGAAAGGAAUGCUGCUCUUCAAAAACAGACAAAUGACCAAUUUGCAAAGGCAGUGAAGGAGGUGGAAGAGAAGUUUGUGAACUACACAGCGUCCCCGGUGUGCCAGGACCUUCAGACUAAAGUGUUGCAGUGUUACCAGGACAACGCUAACGAGGUCCUCAACUGCUCGGCCAUAGUCAAUGCUUUCUCCACUUGUGUAGAUCGGGCGAGAAUGGCCGUCACCAGACAUUUGGUGGAUGCAGAGUUGGACUAUUCAGACCAUCAUGAGCGCUUUCCUCUGAAAUAUACCAGCAGGCCGCCUCCUCUUCCCGAAUGCAGACAGUGAGCUGAGAGUCUCUGCCAUUUAAGUUUGUGUAAUGUAGAGAUCAAGUCAAGAUGGAAAGUUCUUAAAAUCUGUACAUAUAUAAAGAUGUAUGCAGAAUUAGAGGGAAGUCAAAUGUGAUGAUUUUCGCAAUUUUCGUGCUUUAUCCACUCAUCUGACAUUACAAUGCUUUCUUUUUUUUAACUUUUUUUUUCAUCUUUUACUCUCUCCCACUAGACCGCUACAAAUGUCCGUUGUUCCCAGUACAAAGUAGUUUGGGUAAGGGGUCUGGCAUAUAUAAGAAUUUAAGAAUUUGAAGAUUUUUCUCUUUUCAUGUCAGUGUAAGCUUUUCUAUUAUGACAAUAUUAUGUGAAAGUGUGUGAUAUGUAAUCUGCCUUGAGUGAAGAGAGUAGCCAAUGUCUGUGGUGGUAGAAUAUAUUUUAUUAUCACGUUUCCUGAACUUUUUGACACUCUGAAGAAAGCUGUGGGUGCUUUUAUCGCGUCAUCAUCCAGCUGUAAACCGUCUCUUUUUUCUGUCCUUGUUUUGUGAAUGAAAAUAAAGACAGAAAACUACAAUGAC